GUAAAACGUAGCAAACCUCAUCUCCCUCUUCUUCUUUUCUUUUUGUUCGGUGUCUUUUCUCCUCCACCUGUAGUCAUCGAAACGCGAUGGCCUCAUCUUCCUCCUCCAUUUUCUCCGGCGUAAAGUUCUCUCCGAUCCUAGCUCCUUUUAACUCUCGAGAAAGCCACCGCUCUGGAUUUAUAAAAGAUAGCCGGAACAAAGUUAGGUGUAAUCCGCCGCAGAAUCGUGUUCGCGUGGAAGCUCAGUCUCUAAUUCCUUAUAAUGGUCUUUGGGCAAAACAAAGUACCAAGAGUGGACGUUGGAAGAGGAAUAUUGUUCUGGGACAACGAAUCACUGAGACAUCACUUUCUCAGGGAAGUAAGUUCUGUCUCACCUGUAAAAAGACUCAACCAGGGAUCAGAAGAUCAUUACAUAGAGCCUUUGUGGACAGAACUUCAUUUAGUUUGUCAAGCUCUCGUUUGACGUCUUCUCUGAGAAAACAUUCUCAGAUUCUAAAUGCAACAGUUGGACCAGAUGAGCCACAUGCUGCUGGUACAGCCUGGCCAGAUAGCAUUGUUGCGGAGAGACAAGAUGUGGACUUAUUGCCCCCUGAGUUCGAUAGGGCGGAGCUAGAAGCGUUUCUUGGUGCUGAACUUCCUUCUCAUCCGAAGUUGCACCGGGGACAGUUGAAAAACGGACUUCGGUAUCUUAUUUUGCCAAAUAAAGUUCCACCAAACAGAUUUGAGGCACACAUGGAAGUUCAUGUAGGAUCGAUUGAUGAGGAAGAUGAUGAGCAAGGAAUUGCUCAUAUGAUAGAACAUGUUGCAUUUCUUGGUAGCAAGAAACGUGAGAAACUUCUUGGUACAGGUGCCCGCUCUAAUGCCUACACCGAUUUCCACCAUACAGUAUUUCAUAUUCAUUCUCCAACACACACAAAGGACUCUGAGGACGACCUCUUUCAAUCUGUGCUCGAUGCCUUGAAUGAGAUAGCUUUCAACCCAAAAUUCCUUUCAUCUCGAGUUGAGAAAGAGAGGCGGGCCAUACUUUCAGAACUUCAGAUGAUGAAUACAAUUGAAUAUCGUGUUGACUGCCAGUUGUUGCAACAUCUACAUUCUGAGAACAAGCUGGGUAGAAGGUUCCCUAUUGGAUUGGAAGAGCAGAUUAAGAAGUGGGAUGUUGACAAAAUUAGGAAAUUUCAUGAACGAUGGUACUUCCCAGCAAAUGCCACACUAUAUAUGGUGGGAGACAUUGACAACAUACCUCGGAUUGUCCACCAUAUCGAAGCUGUGUUUGGGAAAACUGGUUUGGAUAAUGAGGCAAUACCCACUUCUCCUAGUCCUGGGGCUUUUGGCGCCAUGGCUAAUUUUCUUGUUCCGAAGCUGCCAGCUGGUCUUGGUGGAACCUUUUCCCAAGAGAGAACAAAUACAACUGAUCAAUCCAAGAUCAUUAAAAGAGAAAGACAUGCAAUUCGUCCCCCAGUUGAGCAUAAAUGGUCGCUUCCUGGAACCAGUGUUGAUCUGAAGCCUCCACAGAUAUUUAAGCAUGAGCUUCUUCAAAAUUUUGCAAUCAACAUGUUCUGCAAGAUACCUGUUAGCAAGGUUCAGACAUUUGGAGACCUGCGAAAUGUACUGAUGAAAAGAAUAUUUCUCUCUGCUCUACAUUUUCGAAUUAAUACAAGAUACAAGAGUUCAAACCCGCCAUUUACAUCAGUUGAACUAGACCAUAGUGAUUCGGGAAGGGAAGGAUGCACUGUCACGACACUAACUGUCACCGCAGAGCCCAAAAAUUGGCAAAAUGCAGUAAAAGUUGCUGUCCAAGAGGUUCGAAGACUCAAAGAAUUUGGUGUUACCAAGGGUGAACUUACACGUUACAUGGAUGCUCUUCUAAAAGAUAGUGAACAUCUUGCAGCUAUGAUUGAUAAUGUGUCGUCUGUUGAUAACCUGGACUUUAUAAUGGAAAGUGAUGCACUGGGUCACACGGUUAUGGAUCAGACGCAAGGACAUGAGACCUUGGUUGCUGUAGCUGGGACUGUUACGCUUGAAGAGGUAAACACUGUUGGCGCCAAGGUUUUAGAAUUUAUCUCUGAUUUUGGGAAGCCCACUGCACCUCUUCCUGCAGCAAUAGUUGCUUGUGUUCCCACAAAGGUGCAUGGUGAUGGGGUUGGCGAGAGUGAUUUCAAUAUAACUCCCGGUGAAAUAUUGGAUUCUGUCAAAUCAGGAUUAUUAGCACAUAUUGAAGCUGAGCCUGAGUUAGAAGUGCCAAAAGAAUUGAUCUCUCAAUUACAAUUGCAAGAGUUGACCUUGCAGAGAAACCCAUGUUUUGUCCCUAUUCAUGGGUCAGGCGUAACCAAAUUGCAUGACGAAGAGACUGGGAUCACCCAGCUUCGCUUAUCCAAUGGGAUACCUGUAAAUUUCAAGAUAUCGAAGACCGAAUCUCGGGCAGGUGUCAUGCGGCUUAUUGUUGGUGGUGGACGAGCUGCUGAAACUUCUGAUUCCAAAGGAGCUGUGGUUGUUGGUGUUCGUACACUCAGCGAGGGUGGUCGAGUUGGAGACUUUUCAAGGGAGCAGGUGGAGCUUUUCUGUGUAAAUCACUUAAUAAACUGCUCGUUGGAGUCAACUGAAGAGUUCAUUGCGAUGGAGUUUCGAUUUACUCUGAGGGACAAUGGAAUGCAAGCAGCUUUUCAGCUGCUCCACAUGGUGCUUGAGCAUAGUGUCUGGUUGGAAGAUGCAUUUGAUCGAGCACGGCAGCUAUAUCUUUCGUAUUAUCGAUCAAUACCCAAAAGCUUGGAGCGUGCGACUGCUCAUAAACUCAUGACCGCGAUGCUGAACGGUGAUGAGCGCUUUAUUGAGCCGACCCCUAAGUCAUUACAGAACUUGAAUCUCGAAUCUGUGAAAGACGCGGUCAUGAGUCAUUUUGUUGGGGACAAUAUGGAGAUAAGCAUUGUAGGGGACUUUUCAGAGGAGGAAAUUGAGCGUUGCAUUCUCGAUUACCUUGGUACAGUUAAAGCUAGCCAUGAUUCUGCGAAACUACCAGGAUCUGAGCCUAUCGUGUUUCGGCAACCGACAGCUGGCUUGCAAUUUCAACAGGUAUUCUUGAAGGAUACUGAUGAGAGAGCAUGUGCAUAUAUUGCGGGACCAGCACCGAAUCGUUGGGGCUUUACAGUUGACGGGGAUGACCUUUUUGAAUCUGUUAGCAAGCUUUCUGUUGCUCAUGAUGGACUUCUGAAAUCGGAGGACCAGUUGCUAGAUGGAAGAGACAUGGAGUUGCAAAGAAAGCUUCGUGCCCACCCUCUUUUCUUUGGAAUUGCAAUGGGUCUCCUGGCAGAAAUCAUAAACUCAAGGCUAUUCACGACAGUAAGAGAUUCUCUUGGACUGACAUAUGACGUAUCGUUUGAGCUAAACCUAUUUGAUAGGUUGAACCUUGGGUGGUAUGUGAUAUCUGUGACAUCAACUCCCGGCAAGGUAUACAAGGCGGUUGAUGCCUGCAAGAGCGUUCUUAGAGGUUUGCAUAGCAACCAAAUUGCCCCUAGGGAAUUGGAUAGGGCAAAGCGAACUCUUCUAAUGAGACAUGAAGCUGAACUCAAGUCCAAUGCCUAUUGGCUUAAUUUAUUAGCUCACUUGCAAGCCUCCUCUGUUCCGAGGAAGGAACUGUCAUGCGUCAAAGAACUUACUUCAUUAUACGAAGCUGCUUCGAUUGAGGACAUCUAUGUUGCUUAUAACCAAUUGAAAGUGGACGAGGACUCUUUGUACUCCUGCAUUGGGGUUGCUGGGGCUCAGGCUGGUGAAGACAUUACCGCUCUAUCAGAAGAGGAAGAACCAGAAGAUGCUUUCUCAGGAGUUCUUCCAGUGGGACGAGGAUCAUCGAUGACCACAAGACCAACAACCUGAUCCACAGAUUUGGAUUGUAAUGUAAUGUAGGUGAAGAGAUGUGUAAUAGAUACGAUACGACAGAGAGGAAGGCAGAGAAACACUUCAUCAAACUCGUGGUUACGGAAAGAAGCUUCAUCAGUGGUUUUCCUGAGAGCUUUGGCAUAAGAGGUUUGUACACUUGUGAUCAGGGUAGUAAAUGACCUCAUUAUAAUACUCAGUUCUUAUUUCCUUCAUAUUUAUAGAAAAAAAAAUGAUAUUAACAAAUUAGUGCACCUUUUUUUUUUGGCUGGAUCGUUACUACCAUGUUGCAAAAUUUAUGCAGCUGUAAAUGUAGUUUCACAGUGAUUUAAAUGAGUCUCUUGUUCUCAUGUUCA